CCACACUCUGACUUCUCCGCCAUCACACCCACACACACCCACACACACACACACACGGACACACACACGGACACACACACACUCAAACAAACACACACAUUUAGUAACGGGAGGAAACUCAAACAUCAUUUCUGCUUCAUACUCAUCAUCAGCAGCUUCGUCGUCGUCCGUCCAUCAUGCACUGCACAGAGCAGAUCAGUCAUGACGAGUACCAGAAGACGGCCGAUUGGUUGAUGUCCCAGACGAAGCACCGCCCCCAGGUGGCGAUCAUCUGCGGCUCGGGCCUCGGGAUGCUCGCCGACACGCUCAAGUGUCAGGACUCCUUCGCUUACUCCGACAUCCCAGGAUUCCCUCAGAGCACCGUCCAGGGUCACGCAGGUCGACUGGUCUUCGGGGAGCUGAAGGGGAAGACAUGUGUGUGCAUGCAGGGUCGCUUCCACAUGUACGAAGGACACUCACUGUGCAAGACGACGUUCCCUGUUCGGGUCUUCAAGCUCAUGGGGGUGGAGACUCUGAUUGUGACGAACGCUGCCGGCUCAUUGGCUGACGGUCUCCGUCCCGGUGACAUCAUGAUCAUCAAAGACCACGUGAACUUCCCCGGACUGGUCGGCCUGAAUCCGCUGUGUGGCCCCAACGACGACAAGUUCGGGCCUCGUUUCCCGGCCAUGUCCGGUUGCUAUGACAAGGCCCUGUGUUGCCUAGCGAUGGAGAUCGCCAAGCAGCAGGGCGUGACCAGCUUUGUGCAGGAGGGCGUGUACGCCAUGGUGGGCGGGCCCAACUUCGAAAGCAUCGCUGAGGCCAGACUCCUGCAUCGACUGGGGGUGGACGCCGUCGGUAUGAGUACGGCUCCCGAGGUCGUCGUGGCGACGCACUGCGGCCUGAGAGUGUUUGGCCUCUCGCUGAUCACCAACAAGGUGGUGAAGAGUUACGAUGACCCCGACAGUGUGAACCACGAUGGCGUCCUGGAGGUCGGGCGGCUGCGUUCUCACAGCGUGCAGCAGCUGGUGACGGAGCUGAUCAGCAGGAUCGAGAUCAAUAACAACACCAACAACGCCGUCUGAACACAAACACACAAACAUAUUGUCUAUAUCUUUGUUAUAUUUACAAACAUGUUUAAAGUUUCCCGCAGUGUGUUUAUUAUCACACUUAUUAUUUAUCUUUGCUGUUUUAAACACUUUAUUUAUAUUAUCAUAAUAAUAUAAAACCUGAAUCUAAGUAUUCACUUAUUUAUCCUAAAGAUUAUUAAAACAUGACCACUAUGUUUGAUGAUGCUUUAUUAAAAAAUAAUAUAUAUGCAACACAUAUUUUUGAUCUUCUCUUGAACGUUGUGCCUGUUGAACAAUGGAACGAACAAAAGACACAAACAGCAAAAUGGAAAAUAAAAGUGUCACUGAAAAACUA